ACACAGGAAGAUCACACCUUCCCCCACCAUCAUCAGGAUGAAGAACUGGCAGACGUGAAAGUUGAGGUUACAGAGGAAGAAGAGACAUAUGUGAGUUCCAAUCAUCAGCCUACAGAGGAGGUCGGGGUGAUGGAGUCGCCUAUAGAGAAGCGGUCUUCUCCAGGAAUCAGCACAGAUGGACACAAUGUUCGGAAUUCUGAGGGACGUUUUCUUUUAUCUCCAUCUUGUAAUGUAGAAGAUCUUGUCCUCACACAAUAUUCUCCGGUAGUCCAUUCCGUUAUUUAUAAUAUAUAUCACAGGCCUGACCAUCUGAAGCAAUCCAUGGAUCCCUCUAAUCCUGAGGAAUCUUCACAUUCUGUGACUCCGGAAAUCCAUCUAAAGUCUCAGAGUACGGAAGGAUCUACAGGUCUCUCCGACCCCCAGGAAUCCUCUUUAAGCCGCGCUGGGGAGAGUUUAUUUUCAUGUACCGUGUGUGGGAAUUCUUUCACCGAACUUGGAGAACUUUUUAUGCACCAGAGAAUUCACAGGGGUAAAAGUGGUAAACGUUCUUUCUCGUGCUCGGAGUGCGGGAAAGUGUUCAAUCAGGAAAGAUUUCUUCUAAGACACAAUUUAACUCAUACGGGUGAGCGUCCGUUCUCCUGCGCAGAGUGCGGGAGAAGUUUUAGUCUAAAAGAAAACCUUCAUAGACACCAAAGAGUUCAUACAGGGGAGCGUCCUUUUUCAUGCUCAGAGUGCGGGAGAUGUUUUAGUGAAAAAAAUAACCUACUCAGGCACCAGAGAAUUCACACCGGUGAGCGUCCCUUUUCAUGUUCAGAGUGCGGGUAUUCCUUCACCGCGAAGGGAGACCUUGUUAAUCACCAAAGAAGUCACACGGGUGAGCGCCCUUAUUCUUGUUCAGUGUGUGGGAAAUCUUUUAUUCUGAGUACUACACUUAGUAGACAUCAGAAAACGCACACAGGUGUGCGACCUUAUUCGUGUUCAGUGUGCGGGAAAACCUUUAGUGAAAAACAUGCUCUUCUUAAACACGACACAAGUCACAAUCAUGAACAUCCUCUUUCAUGUUAAUGUAGCACCCUGGUGUUAGGCAGGGUUACUAACAAAUUUUGCUUGCUAGGUGGUAACCAGCCUUGCUUGGGAGAUCCACGGACCUUUUUCUAAAUCUGGGUUUAAUGCACCUCUCUCUUUUGUCACUAGGUGGCAUUGUUAGCUGUGGCAUUAGAAUGACAAGGGCUUAGUAAAUCCAGACUAGGAGUGAAUGGGUUGUCUCAGCCAAUUGCCAGGGGUUUCUUUGCCCUUGGCCUGCUGAGAACACCCUGGUGUUAGGCCGGGUUACUAACAAAUUUAGUUUGCUAGGUGGUAACCAGCCUUGCUUAUUGUUAGGGAGAUCCACUGACCUUUUCCUAAAUCUGGGUUUGAUGCACCUCUCUCGUCUUUAGGCGGUCUGAGGCCUAAAGCUCCUGGCUGCUAGGCCAGAAGCCUGAGGCCUAUCCGGGAGUACCUGGCUGCUAGGCGGUCUAAGGCCUAAAGCUCCUGGUUGCUAGGCCAGAAGCCUGAGGCCUAUCUGGGAGUACCUGGCUGCUAGGCGGUCUAAGGCCUAAAGCUCCUGGCUGCUAGGCCAGAAGCCUGAGGCCUAUCUGGGAGUACCUGGCUGCUAGGCGGUCUGGGGCCUAAAGGUCCUGGCUGCUAGGCCAGAAGCCUGAGGUUUAUCCGGUAGUACCUGGCUGCUAGGCGGUCUGGAGCCUAAAGGUCCUGGCUGCUAGGCCAGAAGCCUGAGGCCUAUCCGGGAGUACCUGGCUGCUAGGCGGUCUGGGGCCUAAAGGUCCUGGCUUCUAGGCUAGAAGCCUGAGGCCUAUCCGGGAGUACAAUGAAACCUCGGAUUGCGAGUUAA